UGCGGCACAUAUUAUUGUAGAUAAUACUCGCUUGCAGAAUAUGUUGUGGUAUUAUUAUUUUAUUGUAGAUGAUACGUGCUAAAUUCGCAUUUUAAAGUCGCCAUCUUUUGCGCAUCUGUUGGCAUUUCCCCUGACGGCCAUUGCUCGAACUAAAGCUAUAUUUGUUAACAAAUUAGCAAAAUUGAGUAGCAAUUCGCAACAAAGGGUAGAAAAUUUUAUCGGAGAUUACUUCAAAGCAAUAUGUCCAAACGCAGGCGCGACAGUGAUGCGGAAGAUCUGCAGUCCUUUUUAAUAAAUUUUCACAAGGAAAUUGAGGAUAGCGGCGUUAGUGCUGGUGCUGCAGAACCCACAGGCGCAAAUGCAGAGGCGCAUACAGAGCCCGCCGAGGAGCAGGAAGACGAUGAUGAUGAGUACUUUAUCGAUGAUGAAGGAAACUGUUAUGUGAAAGCUCCACCUAAAAAAGUACAGCAGCUAAAGAAGAAACUAAAGCCCAUAAAUGCUUCAAGUCCAGCACCAGCAUCAAUUGCCAUUCGCAAUGCCAACAGCACAACAAGCUCAAAAGCUAUCAAUUUGCGACCAGCCCAGGCCAAGGCAACGGAAGCGACGCCGAAGAAAGUAACCAAAGCCAUUACUGUACGUACAGCUGCUUCACCCAAAAAGUCCGUGCAAGCUAGCACCCCCAAAGCCUAUGCUCGUUCUCUAAGAAGCGCCACCAAAACUGCUAAGUUAAGCGAUGUGAAAUUGGAGGAGAUGGUCGAUGGUUCCACAAUCGAAAUCGACUUAAAUGAAACCAUUACUAGUGAGCAAUCAGCGAACAAAGAUGGCGCUUCCGACUACGAUGACGUUGGAGCUGUUGAUGAUGAGGUUUAUGACUUUGAUGAGAGUGCCGCUAAUCGAACAGCAAAGUCUGAUGUGGACUUUGUGGUAACCGGCAAGCAGUACAAGUUAAAGUCGCCUGCUAAGUCUACCGCACAGCAGAAGUACGCCUGCUCUCACUGCAGCUAUACGACCAAUAAGAAAUUCCUUAUUACACGGCAUGUGCGUUCGCAUGAUGCUGAGCUAUCCUUCAAGUGCUCCAUCUGCGAGCGCGGCUUUAAAUCUAACAUGGGCCUCGUUAAUCAUCUUAACACGCAUAUGGGCAACAAACCACACAAGUGCAAGCUGUGCGAAAGCGCCUUCACCACAAGCGGAGAACUCAUAAGGCACACGCGCUACAAGCACACCAAGGAGAAGCCACAUAAAUGCACGGAAUGCAGCUAUGCCAGCGUGGAACUGACCAAGUUGCGUCGCCAUAUGACCUGCCAUACGGGUGAACGGCCGUAUCAGUGUCCUCACUGUACCUACGCCUCCCAGGACAUGUUUAAGCUGAAGCGUCAUCUAGUCAUACACACGGGCGAGAAAAAAUAUCAGUGCGACAUAUGCCAGUCACGCUUUACACAAUCCAACUCGCUGAAAGCGCACAAGCUAAUACAUAGCGUGGUGGAUAAGCCAGUGUUUCAGUGCACGCUCUGCCCCACGACCUGUGGACGCAAGGCGGACCUGCGCACGCACAUGGCCAACAUGCACACCUCGGACAAGCCUAUUGCGUGCAAACGGUGUGGCCAGGAGCUGCCCGAUCGCUAUCAAUAUAAGCUGCACAUCAAGACACACGAGGGUGAAAAAUGUUAUCGCUGCAAUCUCUGCAGCUAUGCAUCUGUCUCGCAGCGUCAUUUGGACUCGCAUAUGCUUAUACACACAGAUUCGAAGCCCUUAAAAUGCGAUCUGUGUCCGCAGGCAUUCAGGCAACGUCAGCUGCUGCGUCGCCACAUUAAUUUGGUGCACAACGACCAGUACAAGGCGCCAGAGCCGCGAGAGAAAGUGCACUCUUGUCCCAAUUGCUCGCGCUCUUUUACACACAAAGGCAAUCUUAUGCGUCACAUGGAGACUCACGAUGAAACAUUGGAUGCACGCGACGAAAAGCUAAAACUCAAACUGGGCCGUAAUGUACGUCUACAGCCAGACGGCAGCAUUGUUACAGUGGUCAAUGGCUCGGACAUUGAGGCUCUUGGAAGAUCAGCUGAUAUAAACUUAGGCGAGGAGCUUCAAUACGAAAUAUCACAGGUUGUUGAAGAAGAAGAGGAAGAGGACAUGCUAGUUCCGGACAAUAAGCCGGAACGUAAGCCACAAAGAGUAAUGUCGAGAAUGAUGCAAAAACAACAUCAAGCAAGUACGGCUAAAAAGCCCGUCAUUAUUAAUCGGCAAUUAAAACUGAAAUCGCCGCGGACUAAGCCAUUGACCUCGCAAGGAGGCACUUUUCGCAUUAAAGAAGAGCCAGAUGCUACUGAGUUCACAGUGGAGCUACAAGGCGAUAGUGACCAAUUCAUGGUGGUGCAAUUGGUCAACAAUGAUGACGAUGUGGUGAUUAAGCGUGAGCAUAAUGCGGACAGACUCAACGAGAAUAACUGCUUUGGCUUUGAGGACGAGCAAGAAGAACAUGAGAUUGAAGAAGAAGAAGAAGAAUACGAGGAAUAUGUGGAGCCAGCUGCUGAGGUGGAUGCUAGCUCGCAAGAUUUUCUGCGGCUUAUGCAUUUGAUCGAACAGGAUACGUAGUUUAUAUGCUUACCUUAAGUCCAACAUUAAAACAG